AAACUAUAAACAAACUAAAGUUGUUGCUACACUAACAGAUGAUGUUCAUUAUUGUUUAAACUUACCUCAGAACAGGCAGUAAUUUUACUCACUGCAACUUAAUACUCUUAUAGUUAUUAAUCAAUUUAAAACUAGCUAAAAUGAUUUUGAUAUUUUUAGUUUUUACUUCUUGUUUUCUUGCAUAUUGGCACUAUGCAAGAACUUACAGCUUUUGGGAUAAAAAGGGUGUGGAUAAUAUUAAACCCUACACAUUUGCCGGGUCAUUUAGUUCCAAUGUUGUAUUACAAAAAUCUGUCCCAGAGAUUGUCCAAGAACAUUAUAAUAAAUAUAAAAAUAACAGAUAUUUUGGGAUGUAUCAAUUUACACUACCUACAUUUGUUGUAAAAGAUAUGGAACUGUUAAAAUUAAUUUCCGUGAAAGAUUUUGAUACGUUUAUUGAUCAUGCAAAUUCGGCAAAUGAAGAACUUGAUCCGCUAUGGAGUAAAAAUAUUCUUGCAUUAGUAGGUGAUAAAUGGCGUAAUAUGAGAGCAACUUUAAGCCCAGCCUUUACAGGGAGCAAGAUGCGUUUGAUGUUCAAUUUGAUCAACGACGAAUCUCUACAAUUUGUCAAUUACUUUCGCGAACAAAAUAAACCCAUUGUCGAACGCGACAUGAAAGAUAUAUUUUCCCGUGUCACCAAUGAUGUCCUCGCAAGUUGUGCUUUUGGCGUUAAAGUAGAUUCGAUGAAAGAUCCCGAAAAUGACUUCUUUAUCAAUGGCCGCAAAGCGUUCGACUUCAGCGGUUUUCAACAAUUGAUCUUUUUCAUGUAUUCUGCAACUCCUCGUCUAAUGAAAUUCUUUGGAAUACGUCUCUUUGCCGAGAGAACCUCCGCUUUUCUCCGAAACCUCAUUAUUGAAGCAAUUAAAUUUCGCGAAAAAGAAAAUUAUGUGAGACCCGAUAUGAUCCAUCUCAUGUUAGAAGCUAGAAAAGGAACACUCAGUCAAGAUGACACUGAUCAGAAUAGUGUCUCUUCAACUACAGAAAAUGGACAUUCUGAACCUAAACGCCGACAUGUUGAUAUGACUGAUGAAGAUAUUGUUGCACAAGCUAUGAUAUUCCAUUUUGGAGGAUUUGAUACAACUUCAUCAUCUAUGGUUUGUCUUGCUUAUGAAUUAGCUGUAAAUCCGGAAAUUCAGAACAAACUGUACCAAGAGGUCCAAGAAAACUGGUUGGAAUGUUCAGGAGAAGUAAACUACGAGAUGAUUAUGAAGUUGGAAUACAUGAAUAUGUGUAUUUCGGAAGCUUUAAGAAAAUGGCCCCCACUUAUAUUAGCAGAUCGCCAAACUGCUAAGGAAUAUAAAAUUCCGCCACAGCGUAAGGGUGAAACAGAAGUUACUUUAUCUAAAGGCACAAUUAUUUGGAUUCCAAUUUAUGCUAUACAUAGAGAUCCCGAAUUUUUCCCAGAUCCACUUAAAUUUGAUCCUGAGAGAUUCAGCGAAGAAAAUAAACACAAGAUUCCAACUUUUGCUUAUAUGCCGUUUAGUAUUGGACCAAGAAAUUGCAUAGCUCAAAGAUUUGCCCUAAUGACAAUUAAAACUAUUAUGUUCCAUCUUCUUCGAGAAUUUGAAAUUGUUCCAGUUGCAAGUUCGAAUAUUCCGUUCAAGUUGAGCACAAAACACGUGAAUGUUGCAUGUGAAGGUGGGCUGACGUUAGGUUUGAAACGUAGACAAAUGGAAUAAGCAUGCGUUAAUUACUGUCUUAGUAUUGUACCCAAAUGAGGUUCAGAUAAGCACGCAAAACUGUUAAAUUGAUAAGUAACUAUAACUAAUACCAGUAUAUUUGUGAUAAUGUGUGGUUUUCCUAAUUUUAGAAACUGUAAUCAUCAUUUUAUUAUAUUAAAAUUUAAUAGUUAUGUGUUGUAGGUAAUUAUAGUUGUAACAGAUAAAAAAUUAUAUAACUAAGUAACAAAAUUUUUAUUUGAAUAAAUUGAAUAAAUACA